ACACUUCCUGGCCUGCCUGGUGUCACCCCGCCUGUCGUCCGGGGCCGCCUGUCUGCCGCCGCUCGGCUCGGAGACUCGGGGAUGCUGCUGCAGAGAUGGAGUUGAAUCGCGAAAACAACAAAGUGUCGGACAGAGUUUGAGACAAAGGCAGGGGGGUUAGCGUUAGUUCUUCAACUGAACUGGUCGCUGGAUGGAUUUUUGUUGAAGAGAAAGCUAGGAGGAAAUACAAAUUUGGUUUGAAAAUGAAGCUGCUGAAGCCGAGCUGGGUGAGCCACAACGGCAAACCCAUAUUUUCAGUUGACAUCCACCCUGAUGGGACAAAAUUUGCAACCGGUGGGCAAGGAGAGGAUUCUGGCAAGGUGAUGAUCUGGAACAUGGCGCCAGUCCUCAGAGAGGAGGACGAGAAGAACGAAAAUAUUCCCAAAAUGCUUUGCCAGAUGGACAAUCACCUAGCAUGUGUGAACUGUGUGCGCUGGUCCAACAACGGGCUGUACCUGGCAUCAGGAGGAGACGACAAGCUGGUCAUGGUGUGGAAGAGAGCUGCAUUCAUCGGUCCAAGCACAGUGUUCGGGUCGAGCAGUAAGCUGGCCAACGUGGAGCAGUGGAGGUGUGUCACCAUCUUGAGGAACCACACUGGAGAUGUGAUGGACGUGGCGUGGUCUCCUCAUGACGUGUGGCUAGCCUCCUGCAGCGUGGACAACACCAUCGUCAUCUGGAACGCUCGCAAAUUUCCAGAGAUGGUGACAUGUCUGCGAGGACACACCGGGUUGGUUAAAGGUCUGACGUGGGAUCCAGUGGGGAAGUACAUCGCCUCCCAGGCCGACGACCACAGCCUCAAAGUGUGGAGGACGGUGGACUGGCAGAUGGACGCCAACAUCACCAAACCCUUCAGCGAGUGCGGCGGGACCACCCACGUCCUGCGUCUGUCUUGGUCUCCAGACGGUCAGUACCUGGUGUCGGCUCACGCCAUGAACAACUCUGGUCCCACCGCUCAGAUCGUGGAGAGGGACGGCUGGAAGACUAAUAUGGACUUUGUGGGCCACCGUAAAGCUGUCACUGUGGUGAAAUUCAACCCAAAGAUCUUUAAGAAGAAGCAGAAGAACGGCAGCUCUCCUAAACCCGGCUGUCCGUACUGCUGCUGUGCUGUCGGCAGCAAAGACCGAUCGCUCUCCGUCUGGCUGACCUCUCUGAAGCGCCCCCUGGUGGUCAUCCAUGAUCUGUUCGAUAAAUCGAUUAUGGACAUUUCCUGGACUCUGACAGGUCUGGGGAUGUUGGUGUGUUCGAUGGAUGGCACUGUGGCCUACCUGGACUUCUCACUGGAUGAACUGGGAGACCCGCUGAACGAGGAGGAGAAGAACAGCAUCCACCAGAACAUCUACGGUAAGAGUUUGGCUAUAACCAGCACUGAGGCUCAGCUUUCCACCACCAUCAUUGAGAACCCUGAGAUGCUCAAAUACCAGCAGGAGCGACAGAACUCGGCCCAGGCCAACUCAGGGCCGGGCAGCACCGGGCCCGAAUCCUCAGCCCCCAAACUCAACAAUAUGAUGAACGGAGAGUCUCUGGAGGACAUCAGGAAGAACCUUCUAAAGAAGCAGGUGGAGACAAGAACCGCAGACGGUAGAAGACGAAUCACACCGCUCUGUAUCGCUCAGCUGGACACAGGGGAUUUCUCGCCGGCUCUGUUCAACAGCGCUCCCAUCCUGCCCUCGGGCACCUCCACGUCCAACCAGCUCACCUCCCAGCUCAGCUCCGACUCCAGCCCAGGACAAGUCUCUUCUCUGGGGCUUAGGCCCAGCCAUGACCCCAUGCUCACCUCGCCUCCACCCAGCAGCGCCGGCAAGGGCCUGGAAGACAACAAGGAUGGUGUGAAGCCAUGUCUGCUGCUCACCUCUGCCUCCAAGAUUGAGCCAAUGAAAGCUUUGGACUCCAGGUUCACAGAGAGGUCAAAGGCCACACCGGGGGUCACAGUCGUCCUCUCCUCCACCGCUGGAAUCACGCCUCUAGACAGCAGGCCCAAAGACGGCAUCUCUGCCCUGAAAGAUGUAAAAACCAAAGAAGAUACCAGCAGCGACAGCGAGGACAAGAUGGCCACCAUCAACAAAAACCUGUCGUUCAGCAAGAGGAAACCCGAGCUGCUGAUGGACGGAGGAGAGGUGGUGGAGAAGAGGAAGAAGGGACGGCCCAGGAAAGACAAGAUGGCCGCUCCCAUCACCCAACCAUUCACUCAGAUAACUCCUCCAGCAGAGCGGGAGCCCAGCAGGGUGGCAGCUCCUCCAGCUCCUGCAGCUGCUCUUAAACUACCAACGCCAAGUAUAAAGAAGGCCUUCAAUCUGCAGGUGAGCAUGGAGCCAUCAAUGUUCCUGGAGGUGGAGAACGAGGUGUCGGUGGUUGCCGGUUCAAAGCUCAGCCAGCUGCGAUGCUCCAGAGACGGACGAGACUGGAACACGCUGCUGCCCAGCUCAGUGGUCACUGCUGCAGGGAGCAGUGACGUCCUUGCCGUCGCCUGUCAGGACAGGAUGUUGUCAGUGUUUUCUUCCUGUGGGCGGCGGCUUCUUCCAGCCAUUCAGCUGGCCACACCUGUGUCGGCUCUGCACUGCUCCGCCCACUUCGUCAUGGUUCUGACUGCUGGAGCAACGCUGUCCGUCUGGGAUGUUCAGAAACAGAAGGCUCUGGUGAAGAACGAGUCUCUGCUGACCAUUUUAUCUGGUGGCGACACCACAGUGUCUCAGUCUCUGCUGACUCAGCAGGGAGUUCCAGUCAUUGGACUGUCCAACGGGAAGUCCUACUGCUUCAGCUCCUCACUGGAGACAUGGACUCUGAUAGCAGAUAAAGGAGACUCUCUGGUCCAGUGUGCUGACUUCAGGAGCUGCCUACCUGCCCAAGAUGCACCUGUGUCCUCAGGGCCGCUGGCUGUCAUGCAGGGACGCAAUCUCAAUCUCUCUGGUCCCUGCAGUGCUGGUCGGCUGGCGUCCCGCCUCUCCUCCACCCCUCACCACCUGCAACAGAGCAUGACGUUGGCCUUCCUGGAGAAUCAGCUGGCUUCUGCUCUGACUCUGCAGUCAGCGCAGGAGUAUCGCUACUGGCUGCUCAUCUAUGCCCGUUUCCUCGUCAACGAAGGCUCAGAGUACCGUCUCAGAGAACUCUGUAAGGAGCUGCUGGGUCCUGUCCACAAAUCAGCGGCUACAGCCUGGGAGCCCACCACUCUGGGUCUACGUAAGCGAGAGUUGCUGCGGGAGGUUUUACCCGUCAUCGGUGAAAACCUGCGAUUCCAGAGACUGUUCACCGAAUACCAGGACCAGCUGGAGCUGCUGCGCAACAAAUAGCGCACACUGCUAUACACACACACACACAGACUGACACAAACACACACUUUGACUCAUCAUGAAACCAGUCCCGGCUCAGCUUGGUUCGGGUAAACUCUGACUGUUUUCCUUGGGACUUGGGAAGCUUGAAAUGUUGCUCUGGCUGAAAAACACGUCCUGGUGUUUUGUCAUAACAGCCUUUAAUAACUUUAACAACAGCCAGUCCACAGCUUUUCAAGCGCUGGGACUUUUCAGUGCUGUCGCUCACUGGGGAGAAGUGGGUGCUCGAUAUUUUUUUUUUCUAAUCAUGAUCUCAGUUUGAACUGUCGUCUUUUGUCUUUUUUCAUGCUAAAUGUCUUUUUCGGACCUAUGCACCUCUCUCCUGCACUCCUAAUCAAGAUUAACUUAAGAGAGACGGUGAUAGAAAGGUCGCAGGUUUGAUUCCUGCCACGUGCAGCAUCAGCAGCUGUGUGUCCUGUUGAAUCGUCUCAAGUCUGUUUCCCUCCUCAGAGAAACAGCAGAGGUGAGACGCUCAUUAAAGACAAAUCUAAAUCAGAAUGGACGUAAAGGAGCAAUAUGCUUGUACCAAAGUGAUGCCUUUAAGUGUAGAAAUAACCACAUACCUGUACCUGCAAGGUGAGAGAAAUGAAGGGCAUCCAGACAGGUUCGACCGGGUUUUUAAAGGCUGAAUCUGCCAAUGGGUGAAGUUUUCUGAGUAUAUUGUCUUUAAAAGUGGCAGUGCUAAUACCCAAAUGUGAGGUCACAGUGAAAAAGAUUAUUAAACGUAGACCACUGCUGGCAAUUAAAUUUAUAUGCUGAAAUAUGGUAUGGACCUCUGGGAAAUGGAGUCAGAAGGGAUCUCAGAUAUUUGGGGGGAAAGGUUUUCCUUUUUGUCACCUUGCAGCUGAUUCUAACCUGACAAAGCAUUCACACGUAAGGCAAAAAAACGUUUAAAGCAGUUCAGAUAUCAGAAAACGUAACAGGAAGCACAGCAACCUAAUUUAUGUUGUGACUGAAUUCAAACAAAAAAAAAAACAAAUCAGCUGACAUGAACAUCAGGUUAUGGUGACGCAGGAAUCCCUUGUAGAUGUGCAGUAUCGUGGAUUAGUCACAUCUUGAUCUGCAUCAGUACAAGCUGUCGAUACCAGACGCCAUUUUAAACAACUCAUGUUAAUAUACACAAUGAAUCAAUUUUUUACCUGAGCUUCAUCAGCACCUCUAAUAUCAAGAUGAUCACAUAUUUUGAAGCCGUUUUUUCAACCAAGGAUUUAGCACAAUGAGUGUGCUUACAAAGUCACAUUUAUAUUGUGUUGGAUGAAUGAAUUUAGAACCAAACUCAGUUUUCAGGCAGGUCUUAACCUUUAUCAUGACAUGUCAGAUUAUAUCAUAUUUACUGUACAUCCUGUUGUCGUCUCCGGCCUGUCUGAAGGUGUUCAGCCAGAAAACACUCAGAAAGGCAGGAAAACAGAAUAAUUUUCUUCUCAGUACGCAGAGGUUCAACAAAACCUGCACAAUGAAUCCUCUGAUCUGCAGGUUUUUCUGAGACAUUUUCAACCUCUUUUACUGUAAACUUGUGCCACAGUCGCAUCCAAACACAUUUAUUGUAAAUAUCAGUAGCAGCCUUCCUUGGCUCCACUCUCUCAUACUUGUCUUUGCAAAUCUUCAAGCUAUAUUAUGUAUCAAACAGGCCUCUGAGGUAAUCACAAACAAAAUUUUCUCUUUUUUGAAAUCCGACAGAAAUGGUUUUGGAUUUGUCAGUUAAACGUGUGAUUGUAGGAUCGUCUUAUUCUUGAAAAUGUGAUCAGAGAGGGCCAGUGGAGGAAAUGUUAUAUAUAUUAUUUGGUCUGUUUCACUUCUUGUAAAUAACCAGAUUCUCCUCGCUGCACCCCUGUCUGUUUAUCUCUGUUGCCGGGCAAAAACCACUGCAAAGACAUCCGUUUUUCAGGACUGAGGGGGCAAAAGGUUUUUGUCUGACAUCCAUUAACUUGACAUUUUAACAGGUUUCAAGGGCCCAAAGGUCAUGAAACCCAACAACACCUCAAUGAACUUCACUUCAAGAAAAAGUACUUCUGUUUUGCCUUUUUGUCUACAGCAGCAGCGAUGCACUCCUCUGCCAAUUCAGUGUGUGUAUAUAAAUGGAGAGUGUGAGCUUAGGUAGCUUGUUUACUGCUGUAUUUCACUGCACGGUGUGGAGAGCAGCACUGAGGCAGACAGACGAGUCCAGAGGAAGAACUAAUCCUCUUUCUUUACUAAUCUGUACAGCAUUUCUUUGUUACAUUUCUUUCUUCUUUUUUUUUUUUUUUGCUGUUAGUCAUUUUUAAAUGUUUGUACAAGGCAAUUUUUUUGUUUCCAUUUUCUAUAAGAAAAAGAAAAAAGGAGCAGUGACAAGCUGAAAUUUUCCUUAUGAAGAAAGAAAGUGAACAAUAAACAAAUGAGGAACAGUUGGGGGGUUUUUAAA